ACAUAAAUUUAAAUCAUCUACAAAAAUAUAUCAAUAUUAUCUUACCAAAACCAAAACAUGCAUGAAUAUAUAUAAUUUUAUUUACUAAAUUUUAGCACAAUAAAUACGUAUAAUAUGAAGAAAAAAAUGAUAAGUUAUUGUAUAACUAAUAUCUUAGAAUAUUUGAAAGAUACUAAUUAUUAUUACCGUUACCUGGUAAAGAAAUUAGUUAUGGAAAUUAAGUUUUUCUUUUCCUCCACAACAAUAAAAUAUAUGUUUUCAUCAGCAGCUCUUCCCCUUCAUCCUCUUCCGUGUUCUGCCGUGGCGUGUUUGAGAGAAACAGAGACCGACGGAAGACUAUUGGAAGAUUUAUGGAUAUCAGAUUCUGUUCAACCUUUAUCCUCGGUUCAGCUUCUUCAUCUCCUUCUCGUGCAUCCAGAAACCCUGUUUCUUCUUCCUCCUUCAAACCCAAUUUCCAUCUCCGUAACUCAAUUCCAGGGCUCCCUCCUUGGUUACGCUUCACCCUUCCUCGAUAGCUCUCCGGUUUCUCUCUCCCUUCUCAGGUAUAUUUCCUUUCACUUCAAUUUUGUUAUUUUUUUGCUUUUACUUUGAACUCCUCGCACCUACUUUUCGCCUGAUGAUUUGUCCUUGCUUGAUUUACGUCCCUGAAAGUUUUCUUCUUGCAAGCUACUGCCUUUGUAUUGAUGUUGCUUUUGCUGUGGGUUCAAUUUGCUUUAUGGGCUUGUAGAUUCUGGAUUAAGUGAAUAAUUGGGAGGUUUUGUUUGCAGCUGUCUCUCAAGCUUUGCAGACGAUUCUUUCUUUCAAACUUUUGCUACAUGUUGGUUUGUAUCCUAGUGGCUCAAAUGGGAAAAGCCUGAAUGCAUAAGUAGUAACCGUUUUCGAGUUUUUCCAUGGUGUAUAAAAUUGUUUAUUUAUGUAUGAUGUAUGAACAUGGUGCUUAAGAUUGCUGGUAGUUGGCAGAUUGUUGUUCCCUACAGUUUCAUGGACAUGUACUAGUAUUUGGAGCUAUCAGUUUGCUGAUCUAGUUUCUCAUAUCUUAUAGCAUCUAAUACUAAAUUAAAUUUUGUUUAACCCCAACUCUCUUUCUCUCACUUGUAUGUUAGGGGAUUGUCUGCUCCCCGCUGCUAAAUGAGGAGCAUCCUUGCAUUUUAUGUGUUCUUCUAACCUUCUCCUGCAUUUCAGGUGCCUUUCGAUACACUUUUACCUGGCAUUUUCAUCAUAAAAGAGCAAGCUUGCUUCAUUUUAAUUCUUGAGGCUAGCCUUGUCUAUGAUCCAAGUUAAAUACGCACAUGAAGCCCUCAAAGACAAGGGUUAAAUCCACUGGUUGGGCUGCCUUUGAUCUCAAGCAUCGAGAAGAUGCUGAUGGUCAACUCAAAGCUGGCAAAGAUCAGUAUCCACCCAUCUCAAAUGCAGUCGCCUCACUCAACUCCCAUGGGAACAACACCUUCGUUAAGAAGUCUUUUUCAUCAUUACUUUUACCAGCUCCAGCAUUUCCAACUCCGGUAGAUAAAAGCACCACGACUGGGGGAAACCAAGCUGGUACCUCUUGCAAAAGUGUUCAGUUCAAGGGGAGCAAUCUCGAUAUCUCUAUUCAGAAGCUCAAAGAGCUUCACCGUUGGGCUGACAAUUCCUUGAUUGAUGAUGUAAUAGCUGCUGCUGAUGGUGAUGUCAUAAAUGCAUCAUAUUUAUUGAAAGAAAUGUGUUCCAGUACAAAUACAAGUGAAAGUACGGGAGCAGAAGCCUACUCUGUCUAUGGGAAAUCUCCUCGUAGUAAUGGGUUGAAUAAGGGUGCACUGUCAGGAGAGAAGAUAGACCUUGCUGCAGAGAUUGCCAACUUGAGUUCUACUCUCGAGGAUGCUCUUAAAGGUACUAGUGAGCCAAUGAAUGUCGAUGAUGCUACUUCAAAUAUGAAACUGGUUUUGCAGCAUUUGAGAUCCGUUCCUGUUGAGCCGGAAUGGGAAGAGCACGAUAUCUAUUUAAGCCAUCGAAAGGAUGCAAUGAAAAUGAUGAGGUCAGCUUCUCAGCAUUCCAGGGCAGCUACUAAUGCCUUUAUUAGAAAAGACCACAUUUCUGCACGACAACACUCCUUGAAGGCGCAAGCCGACUGGAUGGCCGCUGAAAAACUCAAUUCCAAAGCAGCCAGAGAGAUUCUGGGCAUCAGAAAUAGUGAAAACCAUGCAUGGAAACUGGACCUGCACGGCCUUCAUGCAUCAGAGGCUGUUCAAGCCUUGAAGGAACAUCUACACAAGAUUGAGACCCUGAUUUCACUGAAUCGUGCACCAUCUCCAUGUAAAAUCACGAUGAAUAAUGGAAUGGUACGCUCCUCAUCACUCGAGUCAUUUACCACCAGUUCCGGAGAUGGCACGGACAAAAAGCAGGUGGCUGUUAGGCACAGAUCAACACCAUUGCAAGUAAUAACAGGGGUAGGCAAUCAUAGCCGGGGUGAAGCUGCAUUGCCAACUGCAAUAAGAGGGUUCCUUAGUGAAAGCGGAUACCGCUUUGAUGAGGCAAGGCCUGGUGUCAUAUCCGUUUGGCCAAAAUUCCGGGUCAGGUGAGCCUUCCACCUCAAUUGUGACGUAUUAUUGGUUUCGUCAGCUGUGUGUUAUUAGGUUCUUGCUGCUGCAUCUUUUCUUGUUGUAUACCUUUGGCACUUUCAGCCAGCAGGUGAUUUUUUGGCUGCUUAAGCCGUAGCUGUUUGCCUUGUAAUUUAUUCCUUGGAUCGGCAAUAAGUUGUAUGGAGACAUUGAUAUUGUAGAGGGCUGCCGUCGGCGGUAUCCCCUUGUUUCUUCUUCUUCCUCGUAUCUGAUCUUUUUGAUAUGUACAUUGAGUUGUUUUGUUGGUGAUAGAGGGGGUUGUUUACUCGAUCUGUCUUCUCUCCUUCAUGUCUUUUUUUCCUGUCUUGCUUCACUAUUGUGUCUAGGCAACCCGGAAAAUAGGGGCAAAAGCUUUCGGGACCUCGUAUUUUCCUUUUGAGUACAUAUCUUCUAGUGGUUCAGCAGGUGAGUUGUCCGUCGUGCCAUUACAGAACUUCCCACCAAGAAGUUUUGCAAUAGUUGCAUUGAGCUUUGUUCACUCCGUUCACUUUAAUCCUUGUGAAAUGCUUCCAUGCCUUACUCUGCUUUCUCCCCUGCAUUGGUUCAGCAUCAGUUCCAGCUUCUGGUUAUGUAUUAUUAUUAGUUGUUGGAACUUCUCUAUUAGCAUUCUUGUUACUCACAUCCACUGGUAUAGUUGAAGUAGCAUUUGAGGGUAUACUUUGGAUCAUUGGGCUAGUGUCUUGGGACAGAUUAAUCUCUAGGAAAAACCCGAUCGACAGCCUUAAUCUAAUAACCUGGCAUUAAAAGGCAUGAAAGAAAAAUUAAGGCAUAGAAGAAUAUAGUGUUUUCUAGUCGUAUUCGUAUGACAUAGAAGAAUUAAAUGAUAGAUGGAAAUGAAGGCUACUUACCCAACAAAGAAGAAUUGAUUCGAGUUUUGGAGAAGCUUCUCUUGUAGAAGAGGCUAACAUAGAAUGCAACAUUUCAUCUGUUCAUCAACAACAAAGAUGGAGUUUUCAGGUUUGCAAGCCAACAUUUGUGAGAAAAAGUAAGGUAUCAUUUGCUUGUGGGAUUUGGGUGAUAGAUUUGACACUCAAAUCUCACGCAUCAAGGACUUUGCAAAUCCCACAUUUCAUUGAGUUUGACAGAACAAUAAGGCCGACACUUUGGGAAUUAGUUUCCCGUCUCAAGUUCAGAUUGCGGGGGCGGACCAGAACUAGCUGAUUAGUAUUUCUCUAACAUUUUUGAGUGAGCUUCCUAGGUCUGUUUCUACAGCAGCUCUGCUCUCUUGUUUGCUAGGGCGGCUUAGCCACCCCUCUCGUGUAACUCCUGCCGUGUUUUGCAUCCUUUUUUAUAAUAACUAGCUUAUAACCCGGCCCGUUGGCUGGAAUGUUCAUAUUUGAUUAUUUGUAUUUUUAUGUUACAUUUAAGUCUAUCAACCCGUUUAAUUUUAUUGACAAUUCUUCGAUCUAGAUGAUGAUAUAUAAAGAAAUAAUAUAUAGGUCGAACUUUUGGAGAAAUAAGAAUAUAAAAUAUAAAAAUUAUUGAUCUCAUUUUUAUAAUGAUAAUUAAGCCCCAAUUAAAAUGCUAUUGGUCAGUUGAUUGUCAAGAAAGAUAGAGUACAAAAGCUCAUUGGAAUUUCCACACGCCAUAGAUAGUUUGAAACACAAUUUUAAACCUCACAAUCCUACAUAAAGGGUUCAAUGCUCUCCUUAGGAACAAUAUGCCACUAAUCAAAAAGAAAUGGAGAGUUGUUGAUUCAAGUCAACUAUAUACUAACAACUCAAUUAAGAGGGGACCAAUAAAACUUGAGAGCAAACGACAAAAUUAGGGUUACCUCCAAUAUGCUAAUAAACUCGAUCAAAGUAAUAAGGCACAAAAUUAGACACUCUAUAUCUAUCAGUUCCAGUAGGUUGAAUAAAGAAUCGACCUAGCUUCAAAAACCAUAAACCUAAAGGUCCAAUAGUCACCACUCUCUGUUGUAGAACCAAAUUUUUAUCUCAAGAGACAUAUGUUUCAAUAAAAAAAUUCAAUCUCUAAUCCUCCUUCUACAACUCCAUUUAUUGAACUCCAUUCUUUUUGUCAUGGAUUGAUAUCGGAGUUGAAAUCUUCUACUUGCCUAGCUUAAAUCCCCAAUAAUAAAAUCGUAGUGCCAAGAGAUACCAAAAGAUUGAUUUCAAAGGCGGCCUUGUAUUGAAAAGUGACAGGGGCGUAAACUAUUGCACGAUAGAGGGAAUUUCGGAGGAAGUUAAAAGAGAUAAGAACAAAGAUAAAAAAGCACUAAAUUUAAAUUUAAAUUGAAAAUUUCAAGGAUACAACACGCAGUAACAUAAUUAGUUUCUUCUAUGGUAGCCAAUUACCAAUCUACCUUUAGCAAAAAAAAUUAAGGCGAGAGCAAAAAAUUUAAAAUUGAAAAAAUUACAUGAAACUCUAGCUACUGUGAAAACUGAAGUAUCAAGCACCAUAAAAAUAUAUACGGUAGACUUAGUGGGCUUGGUAAUCAUGAUGGAAAAUUCAUCCAAUUUUCAGAGUCUAACUUUGUGUAUGCUUUGUACUAAAAAAGAUACAACAAAUUUGUUUAGUGUAAUUGGUUGUGAUUGUUGUCUUUGUUUUAAGAAGACACCCGGGUUCGAAUCCUCAUAUUGAUAUUUUUAUAUGAGAUAAAUAAUUAAUUGUAAAGACAAAAAUGUCCUUCCUACUUUCACUCUCGUUGCAGGAAAUUUGAAAUGGAGAAAAGUUCACAAAACUCUACCAUAUAUUAAUGGAGGAUUAUUAAAAAAAACAAUCCAGCCACCAAUAGUGCGACCCAAUCCUCUUAUAUUGUUACUAGCUUAUACCCGACCCGUUGGUCGAAUGAAUUUUGAUUUAUUUAAAUUUUAAUGUUUGAUGUUCAUCAGUUUGAUCACAGUUUUAAAUUAUUUGGUUUUUUUUUAAAUAAUUUAUUGAUAAUUUGAAAAUAAUUUUUGUGCUAAUUGUCGAUUGUGACAUUAGUAAUAAUUAGUUCAUAUAUAUUUGUGUUGAUUAUGUCAUCUUUAGAUUAAUAUUGUCUAUAUUCUUUAUUACACUAAGCACUAUGCACUUAUUGUCGUCAUAAAUUGCUUAAAAGGUA